ACGGUGAUACGGACUCGAUCAGAGGGAGGUUCGGCUUUUUUUAGUAAGUAGAGGAACCCUUUUGUUUUGCUUGAUCGCCUUGUCAUUUCUCUCCUCCCAUCUUACAGCAGCGCCGCCCAGCGCUCUUCCCUCACCGACAAGCGACACCGGCGGCCGGCCCACAUGCCCCCCACGGCCCCACCGUCACCGCGCCCACUACGAUAAGCUGAAAGUAUUGAAGAGCAAAGGAAGCUUUUACUUGACCAGCAACAAAUGAUGUUAAAUCUUCAAAAACAGCUGAAGGAACAAGAAGAGAAGCUGAAUAAACAGAGCAAUUACUCAAAAGAACAAAAAGAGGAUGAACCUCAAAGAACAUUAUAAAUAAAAGAACAUUAUAAAUAAAGAAAAAGAACAUUAUAAAUACAGAAAAGAACAUAUCAUGUAGAACACUUAUUUUAACCAUGUAAAACAACAUUACCAAUAAAAAAACGAACAACAAUAGAGCAUAAAAGAACAUAAUAAAGUAAAGAAAAAGAACAUUAUAAAUAACAGAAAAUAACAUAUCAUGUAGAACACUUAUUUUAACCAUGUGAAAAAAGAACAAGAAAAAAGAUAAAAGAACAACAAAAAUGGUAAAAGAACAAUUUGAUUUGAAGUGUAUAAUAUCAAAAGAACAACAAGCUAAAGCAAAAAAGAAAAACAAGCUAAAGCAUAAAAGAACAACAAGCUAAAGCAAAAAAGAAAAACAUGUUCAAUAAUUAUUUUCUGUAUUAUUACAAUCUCUUAAUACAUACUUCGUAUAUGAGAACCAAUAUAUAAAAGAACAAAAGAUAAGACUAAAAGAACAUAUAAAAUCGAAAAAAGAACAGAAAUCAAAAUCAUCAGAAAUAUAUAAUCAAGAUACAUUAAUCAUCAAAAUUAUCAAAAUAUAGAAUCAAAAUACAUUAAUCAAGGUUAUUGAGAAAUGCAGAAAUCGAAAUGAUCAAAAAAAUCAAAAUAAAUUGAAAUGAUGAAAAUAACGAACAUGGAAAUCAAAAUCAUCAUAAAUAAGUAAUUCGUUUUUAAAAAAUUGAAAAAUUACCUUCAUAAAUCGGAUUAUCAGCAGAGGAAUUCAAAUUUGAAGAAGAAGAAUCAAUAGAAUUUGAUAUUGAAGUAGAAAAAUCAACCAAUAUCUGAUAAUUUUCAUUACUUUCUCUCUCCUCUUCACAGUUUCUCUUUCCUUUCCAUAGUUUUUCUCUCUCCUCUUCUCAAAUUCUGAUUCAAAAAUUAUAAAAAGGAAUGUAUAUAUACCAGAAAAAUGGAGCGAAAAACAAAAGAACGGCAAAAAAGGGACAGAGCAGUCAUUGUUCUUUUUUUUAACAAAAGAACAACGUUUGUUCUUUUUUAUCAAAAAACAACGUUUGUUCUUUUCUUCUCCAGAUUAAACAAGAUAUCCGCGUUUUAUAUGUGACGCGUGUCGUUUGGACACAUAAACACCGCUGCACACUCGUAUUUGCGGACACCACACCCUAAAAGUUACUGUAUACGCCACUGCUUACUUCACACCAACAACAAUGGCGUCAAGGCGGUGUUUCACCACUCUCACCCGCCUUUCUUUCAACCCCCUCUUCUCCAAGUCCAACUCUCUCCACUCCCUCAAAUCCCUAACUUCUCCCUUCCGUUCUCUGCAAUGCCUCCCUGACACUCUCUCUCCUGAAUCCCACCCUCAUUCAUUCCUCCCUCGCUACUUCUCUUCCCGUACUCAAAACCCUAAAUCCCCCAAAAUCAUCGAAAACGACGAUGACAACGAAGACGACGACGACGACGACGACGACGAUGAUGAGGAAGAUUAUACAAGCGGAGAAGAGGAAAGAGAAGUUUCAAAUGAGCCGUCUAAUCUAGCUGAUAGAUCGUAUUUUGUGGAGGAUAAAAUUGAAGAAGCUGCUCAUAUUGGGUAUAAGGUUAUUGGGCCGCUUUUGCCUACUGAUCGGGUUUUUAAACCCUAUGAACCCGCUUUUGCAGUUGUUCAGGUAGGAUCGCAUCAGUUUAAAGUGAGUAAUGGGGAUUGCAUCUAUGUGGAGAAGCUCAAGUACUGUGAGGUCAAUGAUAAGUUGAUCUUAAGUAAGGUCUUGAUGGCGGGUUCACCAACUCAAACCAUGAUCGGGAGACCUAUAUUGCCAGAGGUAGCAGUUCAUGCUGUAGUGGAGGAGCAUGCUUUAGAUGCCAAGGUGAUCAUCUUUAAAAAGAAGCGAAGAAAGAACUACCGGAGAACCAAAGGUCACAGACAGGAGCUCACCAGGUUGAGAAUAACUGACGUAGAAGGAAUUGAGAAACCAGAAGCACCACCAGUUGGGAAGACGCCUAAACUAUCUGCUAAGAAAGUAGAAAAAGUAGCAAUGGAUGCGUAGUUGGGGUCUCAACGUGGCAACUGGUCGGAUAUGCUGAAUUGCUGAUGAUAGAGGCUAAACUCUUGCAAACUGGCACUGGGAUUUCAUGUCAUGUUUGUUGAAUUUAUGUUAUAGGAAGUUUUGAUUCUUAACCAUAUGUUAGGAUUUGAUGGCGAAUCUUGUAGGUGUAUAAUUUGUUCAAUUCAUAAACCAUCGAGCAGACACGUGCAAUUCUUCUCCCUUAAAUGAAAGGAGCUGGAGGUCUGCUGAAAUGAGUUCAAUAUCGUAGUUGUCUUCUUGAUAAAGUUCCGGUUAACAUUAUGGAACAUCUGUUUGCCAACUUUACCUGUGGCCAGUUGUUCAUAGAUUUAUGUAAGAAAUCGCAGAAGGGGUAUUUUCGCCACUGUUUGCACAUCUUGUUUAUUUGUGUUGUAUUUGGUCAUAGUUCAAUAAUCAAAUUUUUUUGAGCAGAGACACAUGUCCAGCUGUUACAAA